CGGUUACCAAGGGCUGUUUCCUACUGUAGCCUACCGUGUGCUCUGGGGCGAACUCUUUUAUAACCUCUGGAUAAAUAAUCAACUACGGGAAUGAUAUCACCACCGAUAAAAGGUUGAUGUUUCCUCACCGGGCGCCCCCAGGGUCGCUUUCAAGCCUGACUGCCGACAGCUCGCCACCUCUGUCAGCCUCCUGAGCGAGCCCGUCAAUCGCCUCCAGCUCGACAAGACAGAGGGACAAAGCUUCCGCCGCCCAGCUGCCUGGGUAGGACUGCCGUCGCCAUGGACACGGAGUCCACCUACUCUGGAUAUUCCUACUACUCCGGGCGCUCAAGGGGAUCCCACAGGCAUGGGGAGCGAAGCCGGGACCGCCACAAGUCCCGCAGUAAAGACAGCCGCUCGGAAAAGUCUGUAACAAUUAACACGCCGCCCGCAGAGCCGCUGCUGGGCGACUCAUCGGUUCGGGGUGAGCAGAUCCAGGAUGACAACUGGGGCGAGACCACCACGGCCGUCACCGGCACAUCCGAGCACAGCCUCUCUCAGGAGGACAUCGUCCGCAUCACCAAGGACCUGGAGGACAGCGUGGGGCUGGACUGUCGCCGUUACUUUACCCUGACCUUGGCUGUGAUCCUGGGCCUGCUGGUGUUCCUCACACCCCUGGCCUUCCUGGUGCUCCCCCACCUCCUGUGGCCAGAGAAGCUGCAGAGCUGCGGCACGGCCUGCGAGGGCCUCUUCAUCUCCGUGGCCUUCAAGCUGCUCAUCCUGCUGCUGGCCGUCUGGGCGCUCUUCUUCCGGCCGCCGCGGGCCGGCCUCCCGCGGGUCUUCGUCUUCCGGGCGCUGCUCGCCGUGCUGGUGCUGCUCUUCGUGGUCUCCUAUUGGCUGUUUUACGGCGUGAGGAUACUGGACUCGCAGGAUGAGAACUACCAGGGUAUCGUGCAGUACGCUGUUUCUUUGGUGGACGCCCUGCUCUUCAUCCACUACCUGGCCAUCGUGCUGCUGGAGCUACGUCAGCUGCAGCCGUGCUUCUCCGUGUGUGUCACCCGCUCCACGGACGGAGAGAUGAGGCACUACAACCUGGGACAGCUCAGUAUCCAGCGGGCAGCACUGGCCAUCCUAGAGCACUACUACUGCGACUUCCCAGUACAUAACCCAGCUCUGCUUUCUGCAUCCAAGUCCCGUGCCGCCAAGCACCUGGCCGGCCUCAAGGUCUACAACGUGGAUGGUGAGUUCCCAGCAGACCCGGCUGCGGGUCCAGGGAACAAUGCAGCAACAGGACUGGCUCACUCUCAGUCCAGAGCCAUGAUCGCUGCCGCCGCCCGCCGCAGAGACACCAGCCACAACGAGCUAUACUACGAGGAGGCCGAGCACGAGAGGCGUGUCCGCAAGCGCAAAGCCCGGCUGGUGGUGGCAGUAGAGGAGGCGUUCACCCACAUCAAGCACUUGCAGGAAGAGGAGCAGAAGAAGGCGCCGGGGGACGUGAUGGACCCACGGGAGGCGGCGCAAGCCAUCUUCCCAUCCAUGGCUCGAGCCCUGCAGAAGUACCUGAGGACCACCAAGCAGCAGCACUGCCACAGCAUGGAGAGCAUCCAGCAGCACCUGGCCUUCUGCAUCACCAACAACAUGACGCCCAAGGCGUUCCUAGAGAGCUACCUGACUCCGGGUCCAACCCUGCAGUACAGCCGGGAUCACUGGAUGGCCCGUCAGUGGACCCUGAUCAGCGAGGCGUCAGUCACCAGCGGCCUGAAGGACGGCACUGUUUUCCUGCUCAAGUCGGUGGACUUCACCCUGGUGGUUACUUCCAAGAAGAUCCCCUACAUCCAGAUGUCAGAGGAAUACAUCGACCCCAAGUCACACAAGUUUGUCCUGCGGUUACAGUCCGAGACCUCUGUGUAGGACUCCAAGCUUUUUUCUUUCUUUGUUCUUCUUUUUUUUUUUUUUUUUUUUUUUAAACAAAUUUUUAUUCCUCACUCUAUUUUGUUGCUCUCAAAUGUUUUCAUUUUGGGUUUGCAGUUUUUAUUUUUACUUCUUUUUUUUUUUGUUGGAAUUUUAUAUUAUAUAUGAAUCUAUAUAUAUUACACACAUGUUUGAAUAUAUUGAUCUUUUUACGUUUGAUUUGGAUGAAAAACAGAAAAGAAAGAAUCAUGAUUUUUUUUUUGACGCAGGAUUUACAGACUUUUUUUAAAAAAAUGGUUGUGUGCACAUAUGUGUGAGUGUAUGUGUAUAUGUGCUGUACGUGUGUGUGCAUGUGUGUCAUUUCGUGUCAACACAAUCACUCGUUCUUUUUACAUUUGAGAUGCUGGAGCCAAGCAAGACGGGAGCGUUUGUUUCUGAUGAUCCGACAGAGACUUUGUAAUCACUCCUUUAUUUCCAUUGGACAGACAGACAAACCACUAAAGACUGCGAUGGUGUGACUCGGAUUUUGAUAUUUGAAGCCUGAUGGAAACAGGACAAAUAUCCUGCCUGUGCUGCAACAUUUUGAAAGUAUUCGGAGGCUCUUUUCGGCGUCAGCACAUUGAGAAUAAAAUGGAUUUCAAUCUCUCAGUGAACCGAAGGAUUAAUCUUCUCUUAUAAGCAAACCAAAUUAAAAGAAUUAACUAAAGUUCAAUCAGACUUUGCAUUAAAUGCACAUUUAUGUAUGUUUCUAAAUCAAAUGAAUACACCUUAAAAAAAAAGAGUGGAAAUCUCAGCCUGUUCAAAAAGGAUGUUGGACUACUUUCUUUCAGUCUUCUCAUCAGUACUUCAAGACAUCUACAGAGCUCUGGACACUUUUUUCAGACAGUUGAGAUGACAAAUUCCAACCCGACUCAUGUCCAGCCUCAGGCGCAGCACCCUUGAAUGCUAUUUAUAGCUGCCAAAGUGGGACACUUUGUGUUGUUCUGGGGCACAAGUUUUCUCCAGGUGCAAUGGAGCAAAAUCCCUUUCCACUCCAGUUGGGAACAACACACAUCCACGCUCGUGCUGUGUUUAAAACGCUGCAGUGAACUCAGCAUGAACCGGAUCAUGCAGUAAAGAGAUCCUCAGAGAUGCACACACAUCAAAACAAAUUCCCAAAACAUUUGCCCUGCCUCAUCGGUUCAGUAACCUUCUCAGGGCUUUCAUGUCUGCCGGAUCUGCCCGAUGUGGUGGAAGGGGAAGGCAGAGCAGAUGUCUAAAACAACAAAAAAAAGUACUACUGAUUACUCCAAACCAGAAUUCCCCCUCUGUGAGGUUACCUCUAAAUAUUUAAAGUAUGAUUUCAUCCAUCAGGGCUCGCAGGGUACGCUUGUAUCACCAGAACUCAUUUUGGAUGGCACUGAAUCAUCGGUGUAUCAACAAUGCGAAGGGUGGAACCUCCUUCCCAACUGGACCAUCUGGUUUUCCUUUUACUACCUUGUCUCGCUUCUGUUGUCAGACAAACAUGCUCACAGUGAAUCCCUCGAGGUCAGCUGUGUUUAAUGUUUCGUCACUUCACUGGAAGUCUCAGGAGGUUUUUUUUUUCUCUCUAAUCAGUUAAAUCAAACUAAUCUUACUAGGAUAACUUAAAGAUUCUGUCAGCACACAAACUUGAAGUGUAAGCCCCUUUUACUCUCUUAACGGAUAUGAUAAAUUCAGUAAAGUGGUUAAAAAAAAUCACAUUGAGCUCUGUAACUCACUCAAGAAGCAAAAUGUGUCAUGCUAAUAAUAUCUCCUGUGUCUAUGAGCAGGGUUGUCCCCUACUGCCCCCUGGCUGGUUAACUUGGAAUUGUCCAAUAUAUUUUCACACAAAAUGAAAAAAAAACCUGCAAAAACUUUCACUGUAAAAACAAUUGUUACACC